AUGACAAGGUCAUGGUUGAGUGCCCAGCCCGGGAGAGCUCUUUAUUUUUCUUUGGGUGAAGAGGGGCUAGCAGGCUGCUGCUUCGGGCGAGGAGCUGUGGGGGCAGUAUGCAAGGGCGCCAGCCGCGAGUCUUUACUUGGGAGCUGGAAGCUGUUGGGCUCGAGCUCCAGAGGUGCCUUGCCAACCUUGGGGAUAGCUCCCGCGAGCUCUGCCGAUGUCGUCGACGACGUCAUCGUGACCAUUGCUGCCUGGGUUUCCAGUGUACGCGUCACAUUUUUCGCCCGAGUUUCUGGGCACUUCAUGUGGCUAUUCUUGCAAGUGCUAAUCUCGACGUGUCGAGCUCUACUGUACUAG